AAUCAUCAAACAAAAGUAACACCUUCAUAAUGUUUAUGAGGGUUUAGGGUUUAUCAUUUCCCCUGAUCUCCACCAAUUACCAGAUCCAUUAAUAAUGUUGAUUUUGAAUAGAAGCAGAUUGAAACUCUCAUCAAUCAAACACCUUCGGAGGUUGACCACCUCGAAUCCGCGUCGAAUUGAAGACGAAGGCGACUGGUUUUACUCAUCGGAAUGGUGGGACGACAAUGGUAACACGGUAUUCCGUUCUGUUUCCGACAAGGGAAACGGCGUCGUUUCUGUCGUAGCUUCUCAUUCUUCCAGACCGAAUGAAAGUCAGUGGUACAAAACUGAGAAUUGGCUUGGGCAACGGUAUGCAGAGUUACGUCCAAGGAGCGAACAGAACGUGUCUUUCAGAAUUCUCGGGUAUCAGUGGCGUACACUUCGAUUUAAUGAUGAUACGCGCCAAAGCACAGCUAAAGUCAUGACCGCUUAUAAUGAAUCAGAUCCUGGAUCUAUAUUCCUAAUGCAGCAGGCACAUUGUUUGGCUGUUCCAUAUCUUAAAAGUAUGAUAUCUGCUGGACUGACUUCCCUCUCAUGUAAUUGUGAUAUGUUAAGUUCUGUAUAUGGGAAGACUAGUAUGAAAGUUUUGUGCAUUGGUCAUGGUGGUGGAAGCUUACCGUUGUUUUUGGCUUGCAAAAUUCCAGGUGCUAUGAUCGACAUAGUAGAAAUUGACCCGGUAGUUAUUUCAGCUUCAACCCAAGCAAUGGGUUUUCCUUCUUACUCUAUCAUGAAAAAACAUGGGGAGCGUUCGCACUCGAAACCAAAUCUUACAGACAAGGUUAUAUGGAAUGGCAUUCACGAGAGGCUAUUCCUAUAUGAAGCUGAUGCAGAGCAGUUCAUCACAGAAAGCACCAACAUUUACGACAUGGUUUUUGUGGAUGCCUAUGACGGUGACGAUAUUUUUCCACGCAAGUUGUGGGACCCGGAUUCUACUUUCCUCAAAGCCUUGGGGGAACGGGUUCAUCCCGAACACGGAACCGUAGUGGUGAAUCUUCAUUCGGAUAUUGAUAUUGUGGGUGAAUCUUUACUUCCAAUGGGUAAGUAUGUAUCUCAAGUCUGCAAGGCAUACAAGAAGGUGUUAUUAGAUGAUUUUGAAAGUAUUUCGGGUUUAGCGUUUACGGUUCACGCACCUUGGGUUUGUAACGCGUCUCUCGUGGUGUCUAGGGGUUUUAGGAAUGGUACAUGUGAUACCGUUCUAAACACCCUUAUAUCAAAAUCACUGGAAGUUGAGAACACUCUGAAUUUGCCAUUCUCUUGUUUACAAUAUAUAAAGAGAGGCUUAAUGUUUGUUGAUUAGUUUUUAUUGGUUCUUCAUGCA